UAUCAGUGUGUAAGAUCGUGUUGUGAUUCAUAAAUCACAACAUAUAUAUUCAUUUUCCGGUCAUAGAUCCAAAAGUAACGGUGAUGGAUCAGAUUCACAAAUUUCUAAACAUUGUUUUUCCUAUUGUAUCUUUCUUCUUAUUCAUCUUCAUCCUACCGGGACUUUCACUCUACCGCAUGUUAAGGUUUUGCAUUACAUCUUUGUUCCCGGAAAACCUCGCCGGAAAAGUUAUAAUAAUCACCGGAGCUUCUGCUGGCAUUGGUGAGCAUUUGGCAUAUGAGUACGCGAAACAUGGAGCGAGACUAGCGUUGGUUGCGAGGAGAGAGGAGGCGCUAGCGGUGGUCGCUGGAAAAGCGAAGGAGAUGGGAUCGCCGGAGGUGAUUGUGAUCAAGGCAGAUGUUUCAAAGGUUGAGGAUUGCAAGAGAUUUGUUGAUGAAACAAUCAACCAUUUUGGGGGAUUGGAUUGCUUGGUAAACAACGCUGGAGUCGGAACACUUGGCCUCUUUGAAGACCAACAAUGCAUCGCCGAUCAUACUUCAGUCAUGGAUGUAAACUUUUGGGGGUCAGUUAAUGCCACACAUUUUGCACUUCCGCAUCUAAGGAAGAACAAGGGUCGAAUAGUUGUGAUCGGUUCUUGUGGCGCAUGGUUUAACACGCCACAAGUAAGCAUCUACAAUGCAAGUAAGGCAGCGCAACAAAGCUUCUUCGAAACCCUACGAAUCGAGCUGGCUCCAGACAUUGGAGUAACAAUCGUUACUCCUGGUUUAAUCGAUACACAAUUAGCCACCGAUCAGUUCAUACAGAAGACAAAGUUAAAUGUGACGCCAUUGGUAUCAGUGGAAGGGUGUGCUAAGGCGAUUGUGAAUAGCGUGAGACGUGGAGAUGAAUACUUGACCGAGCCUCAAUGGAUGCGAACCAUCUUUCUAUGGGUGAUGUUGUUGUCUGAGCUAAUGAAUGUGGCUCGUCGGGUCUUUGCCAAGGAGGGAAAGAGUCGGCUACAAAACCAAGAAUUUCGUAGCAACGAUUUGGUACAGCCACUCAUUCUCAAACGUGACUAAAACCAUGGAAAAUACAAAAAAAAAAAAAAAUUUGUAUGUGGUAACAUGUCUCUUAAUGUCAUCAUUUUGUUUUGGAAAUUAGCAAAAGUAUGUUUCAUGUUGUCCUAAAGAGUAAAGACAUGUCAACGUGUACUUGAUAGUAUGGUUUUGUAUGUGAAUUUAAAGUGGUCCUAAAGAGUAAAGACAUGUCAGUGUGUACUUGAUAGUAUCGUUUUGUAUGUGAAUUUAAAAUUAUUAAUUGAGUUUAGAGUAAAUUACAUGGA